UAGUCUUUUGAACCCUUUUCCUGUUCCUCUUCAAAAUCAUCUCUCAUUUCCAAGACUUCUUCCCCACAACAUGACGUUUUUAAUCUCUAUUUUUCUCUCUAUCUUCGUACAUUCGGUCCAAACAGCUAAGCUAGCAACAUAGAAACUACUGUAAUCAUCAUCAUCAUUAUCUUCUUCUUGUUGUUCUUUGUUGUUUCAUCAAUGGGCAUGAUUUUUGCAGACUGUUUUGGUUCUUUGUCGAUUAACAAUGAUAACCCUUUAAAGAUCAACGAUCAUUUCAUCUAUAGCAGUCUAACUACUUCUUCGUCGUCGUCUCUCUCUUCUUCUUCUCUGGAGUUCCCUUUUAUGCUCCCUACAACAACUACUACUACAAUCAAUAAUCACAAUCCUUCAAGAAAUUUUCAUGAAGAUGAAAAUCAAGGACAUGAUGACGAGGAGGAAGAAGAAGAAGGGGAGAGAGAAGAAGAUGACGACGAAGAAGAACACAUUGGCCUAAAUAUCAGUGGCAGUUACUCUUUCAAUGGUAACAUUGAUAGCCAUCAAAAUGGAAGACUUAGAUCGGGUGGACAGUCAAAGACAAGUGCAAGAGGCCAUUGGAGGCCAGCUGAAGAUGCUAAGCUUAAAGAACUUGUUGCCCUUCAUGGCCCCCAGAACUGGAACCUUAUUGCUGAGAAGCUUGAAGGCAGAUCAGGAAAGAGUUGCAGGUUGAGAUGGUUCAAUCAACUAGAUCCAAGAAUCAACAGAAGAGCAUUCAGUGAAGAAGAGGAAGAGAGACUAAUGACAGCACACAGACUGUAUGGCAACAAAUGGGCAUUAAUGGCGAGGCUUUUUCCCGGUAGAACUGACAAUGCUGUCAAGAACCAUUGGCAUGUGAUCAUGGCUAGAAAAUAUAGAGAACAAUCUAAUGCGUACAGAAGAAGAAAGAUGAUGAUGAUCAGUCAAAGUCAAACUCAAAGUCAAGCAUCUGUGGCACUACCACCACCACCACCAGCGGUCUCAGCCACCACUGCCGCUGGUCAUCUACCUUACACUGGAGCUCUCCACCAACUGCCACCGUCAGAUCUCGUUUCUGGUCCCAAGAACAACACUGAGUUGAUGAUGGACAUGCUCAACACCAGUAACCAUGGCAACAUCAUGUCUUGGGAAAACCAUUCAUCAUUAUUCUCAUCAUCAUCAAACACAUCCUGGAUGAUGAAUACUACUAACCCCAUCAACUUCCAUUAUGAUCGUCAUCAUCAGCAUCCUGCUCCAUUGAUGAAUGCAACUAUGGACCAGAAGUACUACUACUACAACCACCAUCUUUACAGUAGCAGCAGCUACUUACCAACAGCUGCAGCUGCACCACCACCAGAAGAAGUUUCAGGGAGCCAGCAUUUUUCUGAAACUAAUAAUAACUUUUCACCACCAUUUAUAGACUUUCUUGGAGUUGGAGCCAUAUGAAGACCCAAAUGUAGGAUAAGUCUUGGAACCUUGAAUGCAAGUAAAAUCUCAGAGAAAGAGGGUUUCCUUUCUUUUCAUUUCCUAUAUAACCCACUAAAUCCGCAGAGGAUCUCAAGUGUUGACUGUCUUUAAUGAGCCAUUGGAGAAUUAGAGGAAAACAAUUACAAAAAGGACAAGUAGGGGUAGGCGAGUAGUAGUU